UUGUGCAACACUAAGAACAAAUCUACGCGACUCGGCGACUGACCAACAAAAAACAAAUCGCCGAGAUGUCGUCCCACUAGUCCAGCCCUCUCCCCAGGAAACAGCCCCACAGCAUCGCCAGCAUGGUGUCGCCAGACAUCACAGAAAAACUCCAGGAUAAACAAAAAACCAUUCCCCCAUCCAAAAAACAAAACAAAAUUUAAAAAACCAGCCAAGAAACAAAUCAGAAGAUCAACUCACAAGCCGGUGCUGAGGGUCUUCAAUUAGAAGACCAGAAGUCUACUAAAUCCGGCUACGCCGGAUCUAUGCAGACGCACCUACCCCCCAUCACAUCAGUUUACAAUCCAAACCACAGACUAGAGGGUCUUAGUCUGUGUCCAAACUUAGAUUUGUUCCUCAGAGGAAAAUGAAGGUUGUGAAGCGCAUAUUCGGUCGCAGUCGCAGUAAGCCUGCUCCUAACAUGUCUGACAUGAUAUCCAAGGUCGACGAAAGAAGAGAAGAUAUUGAGAAAAAAAUCAGCAAAUUGGAUGUUGAGUUGAAAAAGUACAGAGAUCAAAUGGCCCAAAUGGGAGAAGGUCCAGCUAAAAAUGCAGUGAAGCAAAAAGCUCUUCGAGUGCUCGAGCAAAAAAAAAGAUAUGAAAAAAUAGCUGGUAAUUUGCGUCAACAGAGAUUUUCCAUGGAACAGGCUAAGUAUGUCAAACAAAUGUUGAAAUAUACACAGUCUACGGAGAAAGCCAUGCAAAUUCAAUUAGAGGAUAUCCAAGAUGAUAUGGCUGAUAUGCUUGAACAAGCUGAUGAAGUCCAAGAAGCCCUUGGUAGAAGCUAUGGAACCCCUGACAUUGAUGAAGAUGAACUGCUGGAAGUUGAAGCUGAACUGGAAGCUCUGCGGAAAUGGUCGAUGAAUCCUUGUGAUGAAACGCUGGGCGAUGAAAUGCUUGGAGAUGAAGAUUCAUCUUAUCUUGACGAGCCAGACAGGGAACCAGGAGCUGAAAGCCUUAACGUGGAUGGUGUUGCUGUGGAUGAAUUUAGAUUACCAAAGAUUACUGCCUUUAUAUCCAGAUCAGUCAGGAAUCUAUCCAUCUUCAACAACAGGUCUGCUUGCAACAGAAACCAAUCCGUUAUUAAACGGAAAUCUAAUUCCACAACGGUAGAGGAUAUCCAAGACGAUAUGGCUGAUAUGCUUGAACAAGCUGAUGAAGUCCAAGAAGCCCUUGGUAGAAGCUAUGGAACCCCUGAUAUUGAUGAAGAUGAACUGGAAGCUGAACUGGAAGCUCUGGGUGAUGAAAUGCUUGGAGAUGAAGAUUCAUCUUAUCUUGAUCCGAUAAAAGCUCCGUCAGCGCCAGACGGGGAACCAGGAGCUGAAAGCCUUAACGUGGAUGGUGUUGCUGUUGAUGAAUUUGGAUUACCUUAUAUACCAAUGCCACAACAGCGAGACGUGCAAUCCAGCGGAUCAGAAGAUAUUGGAGGGGCAAAGCCUAAGCGAUCGCUCAUGUUUCUUCCCGAUGGAGUUACAAGUUUCUUAACGAAAUUUGUCGCAAAACCUAAACCAAGAAAUACCCUAGAUUUGUUGGGUGGAGUUGGCAGGUCCAACAACUCAACGCCUGUUGGUGGCGCUUUGGGGACGAGUCAAUCGAGGAAAUCACCAUUGCUAGGUGAGAAAGAGGAUCAACGAACUAGCAGCCGUGGAUCCGGUGGUGGUGGUUGGUCUCAACAGAACGAUAGAGGCCAGCAACAGCGGUUCCAACCCAAACACGAAAAGAGCACGAACACGAAGGCAGUCAAGAAAAGAAUGGCGCCACCGCCACCACCACCUCCCCUUCCACCUCCUCCUCCGGGGCAGCAACAAAUUUCGGAAGUGUUGGGUGAUUUCUUGGAUGAAAUUCCGAAUGAGAACAGGUCCAACAUCCCAACGCCUGUUGGUGGCGCUUCCGGGACGAGUCAAUCGAGGAAAUCACCAUUGCUAGGUGAGAAAGAGGAUCAACGAACUAGCAGCCGUGGAUCCGGUGGUGGUGGUCGGUUUCAACAGAACGAUAGAGGCCAGCAACAGCGGGGAGGAAAUGGAAGAUCAAAUUCUCGUGGCCGUGCACGUGGUAACAACGCUGGUGGAGGUCAGAAUACUGAUCGCAGAGAUGGCGAAGGCGAGUCUGCUGACACCGUUGCAGUUUCUGCCGAUGGUGAAGCUUCAACAGACGAAGAGUCUCCAGAGAGACCCAUCUGCCACGACAAAACGCGCUCGUUCUUCGAUUCAAUCAGCUGCGAGGCUGUGGAGCGCAGCAAAGGCAAUACUCAACGGACAGAUUGGCGCCAGGAGCGAAAAUUAAAUGCCGAGACAUUCGAGUUACCUUUCAAUCAACGCCGAGGUGGAUUUAAUCGUGGAGGCGGUGGUGGGCGUGGUGGUGGCGGCGGAGGUGGAGGUUGUUAUCGCCAGCAGAAUAACGAUGGCUAUCAACAGCGCGACGGUGGCUAUCAGCAACGUGAAGAUGGUUACCAACGUGAAGGCGGAUAUCAGAACCGAGAUGUAGGAUAUCAACAGCGUGAAGGCGGCUUUCAGCAAAGAGAUGGAAUUUUUCAGCAACGCAGUGGCUAUCGGGGAUCAGGACAUCAGGUGGUUACCGAGGUGGCCGUGGUGGACGAGGUGAACGGUGGAGGAAAUCGCGACUCCGAAAGUACUGGUCAGCCCAGAGGUGGUUACAACCAAAGGAGGAAUUGGCAACAACAGGAGAAUCGAGCUUAGAAAAUGUACGAGAGCCGGUUAUUGAUGCGCUACUUUGAAGCAUGGGGAAUGAUUCCGUUGGACAUUUGAUGAGAAAUAUGGGGGGCAAUUGGUGUGAGAGGUUCUGUUUGGUAGAGUUGGAAAACGGCGUCAGAUUAGUGAUUGAGUGGUGCGAGUGGGUGUACAGUUUCUUUUGGUUUGUUUUCUCGCCGUCGGUGUGAAGUGAUCGUAACUCUUGUUGCGCCCUCCUCUCUUCGCUGGUGAGGAUUUUUUUUUUUUUUAGGAUUGAGAUCCUUUGGAUUUAACACCUAGGAAGUUGGAAUGUUCGUUUUUCUUUUGUUUUGUUUUUCUCACCUGUUAUUUCCUUAAUUAUUGUAGAGACUUUUGAGUUUUGACUUUCUUUUCUUUUCUCGUCUAUUCAUAUUUUGCAUCUGUCCCCCCAGUUCACUCUAUUUAUGUCUCCCAGCUGCCCCCUUUACAUAGUCCCAAUUUCCCCUUCCAAUUUUUCUAAAUGAAUUUGCGUGGGAUGUAAGUCAUGUAAUUGAACAAGUUUGUCAAAUUUUCGGAUUUGCAGAGAUGUGUGCAACGUUUGGAACCCGCCAGUGAUUUUGCACGACGUGGCAAAUUUUAAUUUUCGUAUUGUACGUGACUCGCGCUUCGUCCAUACUUUUGUUUUGGUAUACAAAAUUCCACGACUUGUGAAGAACACCGACAAAAGGGCACUAUCGUCUUCUGUAUUGUUUAUGUGCUCCUAUGUCUUGCGGGCAUGUACGACUAGCUCGUAAAAGCAAAAGUACAGUCAAUAAAAUCGUCGUGUAAUC